AUGGGGCCAAAUGAUGUACCUUUUACAUGGGAAGAAUUUAGAAAGGUCUUCUAUGAGAAGUAUUUUCUCCAGAGUAUCCGACUUCAGAAAUUUCGAGAGUUCGAUCGACUGAUACAGGGCCACAUGACAGUUGCUCAAUAUGCAGCCAAAUUUGAAGAAUUAUCGAGAUAUGCCCCUGCAUUGAUAGCUAAGAAAAAUAUUCGAGCCAGAAAAUUUGAGAAUGGAUUAAGGGAUAGAAUCCAACAAUUAGUGACUGUAUUUGAGCUGCCCACUUAUAAAGAAGUUGUCAACAAAUGCUUAAUAAUAGAAAAAGGACUUAACGAUGCUCAAGUAGCAAGAGAGAAAAGUAUGAAGAAAAGGGGUCAAGCAAUUGAUUCUCAAGGUCAAAGUAUCAGAGCCUUCAAAACCAAAGAUCUCAAAAUCAAGCCAGACUGCCACUGA